UAGCUUGUCUAGGGCUCUUGCGCCUGUGCCAAAGAUCGUAGGUUCGAAUCCGCCAGCUCGUGGCUUCCUUCCUUACCCCUACUCGGGUACACAACGUCCCGACCCAAGACUCGAGGGUGGGAGGGUUGGGGGAAAGAAAUGUGAUAUGACGAGCGCAGGGCUGCGCGGAGAUGGGUGUCGAGGACAAGAGAGACAGCGCUGAUCGUCCGUCGACCCCGCUUAGUCAGCAUUCGCUGUGCAUCUCGCUCGCGUGCUCUCUCGACUCACAGCUGCCAUUUCCCCCUUUCAAGCGCUCAGAUACCCAAACGACGUAUACACGCAAGCAGUAUUUUCUGUGAGUGAAUGGCUAAUCAUCACAUUACUUCAGCAUAGCACGCAUUCAAUAAAACAGUCCGACGCGCAUUGUCGAGCGACCAAAAUCAGCCGUCGCUCAACUUUCUUCGAAGGUCCCAAGGGUGAUUGAGCGAGAAUCGAUGUCUGUCAGCACGUGUAAUGAACGAUGUACGAGGUCAGGAGCGCGCGAACUUCGCGCUCAUCAUCUGCUGGGGACCGACCGCAGAACAAAUAAAGGUAAGCAAGUGCACUCAACGGCGUUGGCCCGAUUCCUUGCGCUGGAACCCGGUCGACUUGAGAGCAUGCGGUCACGGCUC